AUGUUUUUACAAGACUAUCAAACACUAUCAAACGACUAUCAAACGAUUGGAAUAAAAAAAGUUUAAAAAAUAAAAUUUGGCCGGCCAACUUCACGCAGGUAGUAAAUUUCGGAACGUAUCCUAAGCAUAGAGUUAACUCUAUGAUCCUAAGUGGUGUAAUGCUGUGAUAUGCUGAACCUAAUGAAAAACUUUAUGCGCAUACUGACGAGUUGGAAACCCUUGAGGUUGUAAACUGUUGUAAACGUUAAACAGUAUUUCUUGCAGUGUAAAAAUAUGAGAUAAUCAACGGCGUCACUCUUAAUAGUCCUUUAAACGAAAGAAAGUGCUUUGAGAAAAUACUCGGACGCUCAGAAAAUAAUGUUGAUGAUUUUUUAUUGCAAACUAACGGACUUCGUUCCUUUAAUCUGAAAGAUACUGUGCAGUACUAAAAUUAUAUCUUUUUGAGAAUGUAUAUAGAUAUGGAGGAAGUACAAAGAUUCUUUGAAGGAAAGUUGUAAGAUUGUCAUGUUGCAAUAGCUAUUCUUCAUCUUCAACAAUUAUUUAGGUAUUUGCUUGAGCAUUGAGUAAUUAGAGUUUGACACUUAAGUCUGAAAGUUUGUCUGGAGUUCUGAAAAACUGGGUUUAAGACGUUAUAAAUUCAAUGGGACCCAUUUAAUACAUCCUCAUGUAGGAUGCACCAGUCAUAAUGAUGCCACAUAUUAUAACAUUAACAUCAACAAGAAAACGCUGCUUUGUAAUACUGCUGGCAAUUCUGAUACCAUGCACCAUUUUCAAUUUUGUAUCAUUUCCUGACAUGAGAGAAGAAACCAAUCUGCAAAAUGGCAUUGCUGAAUUACAAGCUAAAUUAGAACAUCUACAUGCCAAGUACAUAAGUAGUCAAGAAGAAAUAAACUUGCUAUCGCAUCAGCUUGCUGAAAACAGUCAUAUUCUACCAGAUUUGCAAUUUUUGAUUGGCAAUGGUACUUCAAAUAUAUCCAGUAUAAAGCUGCCUUCGAUAUAUAACUUUCUCCCUCAUUUUCUGGAUGAUCCAAACAGUUUACGACCUGCAUUUGUCCAAAGUAAAGGUCGUUCAGGUGUUAGUAUGGUCUUGGGAGUACCUACAGUUAAAAGAGAAGUGCAAAGUUAUUUGUUGGCAACACUAAAAAAUCUUCUGGACCGCAUGACUCCUGCAGAGACUACUGAUACUCUUAUUAUAGUUAUGGUAGCAGAAACAGAUUUGGAAUAUGUAACAUACGUCGCAAAACAGAUUGAAGUUCAAUUUCCUAAGGAGUCCGAAAGUGGAAUCAUUGAGGUGAUAUCACCCUCAUCCUCUUACUAUCCAGACCUCACAAAAAUCCGAGAUACUCUGGGCGAUGAUCAUCAACGUGUCGUUUGGAGGUCUAAACAAAACCUCGAUUUUGCUUUUCUCAUGUCUUAUGCACAGACUAAAGGAACUUUUUAUAUACAAUUAGAGGAUGAUAUAUUGGCCAAAAAGAAUUUUAUAACUACAAUGAAAUCCUUUGCAUUGCAAAAAAUUAGUAUGAAGGAGCACUGGUUUGUUUUAGAUUUUUGCCAAUUAGGAUUCAUUGGAAAAAUGUUCAAGUGUUCUGAACUUCCAUGGCUUGUACAAUUUUUUUUAAUGUUUUACAACGAUAAACCAGUUGACUGGCUACUUGAUCAUUUGAUUUCUACAAAGAUGUGCAACCUAGAUAAGGACAGCAAACAUUGCAAGAUGGCUAAAGCUAGGUUAUGGCUCCAUUACAAACCUUCGCUUUUCCAGCAUAUCGGUACACAUUCCUCGCUAAAAGGAAAGGUACAAAAACUCAAGGAUAAACAAUUUGGCAAAAUAACGCUUUACUAUGGGCAUGACAAUCCUGAUGCUACAGUAGAAACGCAUAUAAAACCAUAUAAACAGUACACGCUCCAAAAGGCUUAUAAAGGGGAGUCAUUCUUUUGGGGUCUUUUACCGCAGCCAGGCGAUCAUCUACGUUUCAAGUUUACGCAACCGAUAUUUAUUAAGAGGUACUUAUUCAGGAGUGGAAACGCUGAACAUCCUUCAGAUAGAUUUUAUAAUACAACUGUCGAGGUUAUGCCAGAAAAUCAGCGUUAUGUCAACAAAAAUAGUGUAAAUGUAACGGAGGACGGUUACGUUAUCAUAGGAAGAUUCGAUGCCAUGGGAAUAGCUCAGGGAACUGUGGACAGAAAAUAUGGCAAAAUUUCUGUACUACGUUUAACUGUGCAUAGCGAAAGUGACAAUUGGGCUAUUUUGUCCGAAAUAUACAUAGUGGAAGAUGAACCAAGCUGACAGGAAGAAGGAGGCAGAAAACUGUUUCGUUAUAGAAAUCAUCGAUAAUACACUUGGCCAGAGUUCUGCACUCAAAACUUAAAGGAUCAUGGUAUCGUUAACCUUAAUUUUCUUUGUAUUAUUUCGCCAUUUUCUCCGGACUUUGUGAGCUACUGAAGGAUUUUACAAAAGAAAAUGUACAUAAAAAUUAAGGAACCAAGAUAAAAACUUGAAUCUCAGCAAUAGACUCGAUGAAUCUUUAAACAAGGGAAUCAUCAAAAUAUCAGUGCAAAUGGAUUUGCCUUUUAACACGAUCGCUUGAACCAUGUAAUAACGUCUCAUUCACGUGUUGUAGUUAAAACGAAGUCCUAAUUCAUUCAUAAAGCCUGCCUCUUUAUAUUCUCAGCAUUUAAUAAAUUUCUUGUCACAUUGGUUGGUUUUACGAAAUGUGACCAUAAUCAUAUUUUUAUGAGUUAAUAAAUAUUCAGCAAAAAUGUUAUGUACGAUACUUGUUGUUUUGCUGUUAAUCAAAUAAGUAAUCAUUUGUACUGAGGUAUAUUUCACUGAUUAUUAACGACUGAUGUGACAAAGAGUUUAUUAAUAUAUCUGCUGGUGAGUAGUUUUAAUAAAUAACCCAAACAAGAAAAAUUACGUAGGUAUCAAUAAGAUAUCAAAAAGCGGUAGGUAAGACCUUCUGAAAACGUCUUAUUGACAUCUUUGUAAUUUGUGCUAUCUGGGAGGCAAUCUUUACGAAUGCUAACAUUGUCUGAAAAAAGGAAAACCAGUUUAAAAGGGGCUGAACAGAACGGCAAAAAGUGGGAAGUAAAGCGCGGCAUUUUAGCUGUAAGCUCGCCCAGCUGAGGGUUGAUAAUCUCAAACUAUGAAGCUGAUAAUCUCCAAAUUUAGAUCUAAUAAAUAAAAAAUCUUCAACCCUUAACGGUCACCUGGUGUCUCAGUGACACCUCAACGUAACGUGUGAUCCUUAUGGAAACUUUAUUGAAGUGUGAUCGUUAAGAGUUAAACACGUGUAUUUUUAUUUUUGAUAAAACGGAUGUCCAUACGUA